AUGGAACCAAUUGCUGUCGUUAGCAUGGCAUGCCGGUUUCCUGGCGAGGCAACCGAUGUAGAACGAUUCUGGGACCUUCUAAGCAAAGCUCGCGAGACCUGGUCCAAAGUUCCCAAGGAUCGCUUUAAUCAGGAGGCGUUCUAUUACCCAGAAACCAGUAACCAAAGCACAGUUAGUAUUUCCUUUAUCACCUUGGGCUAUGGACCCCAAUUGCGACUUCUUUUGGAAGUAGCAUACGAAGCCUUUGAGAAUGGCGGGCUUACACUCGAGAGACUAAAGGGCAGCGACACGUCCGUUUACACAGCAAUGUACAGUAGGGACUAUGAAAAGAUGCUCCUCCGCGAUCCUGAAAACCUACCAUUCUAUACUGUUACUGGUAAUGGGGAAGCAAUGUUUUCAAACCGACUGUCAUACUUUUUCGACCUGCACAGCCCUUCUUUCAGUCUGGAUACAGAAUGCAUGCGACAGUAUCUGGUACGGAGGAUGCCGGCGGUCGAUCGUGAGAGGCUCCAACCUAGCUGUUGGUCAAUCAGGGACCCUUCAGGAUGUUUGCUUUGAAGACAACGCCACUUUACAGGGGCCACUGGCAGACGACGAUGUUGAAAUUGAAGUGAACGCCACGGUUCGAAAUUUCCGAGAUGCCAUGAUCUUACUGGGUCAGAUGGAUUCCGAGCUCCUUGGUGAGUGCAGCGGCAUGGUCAGCCGUGUCGGAAGAGAACACCAGCACAAGUUUUCGGAGCGACCAAGGCGCGGAGAUCAAUCAACCAACUCGUGACAACCCCCUAGCUUGUGCAGCAAGGCGACGUCGUCUAGAGACAACCAAUGUCCUUCUUGAGAAUGGUGCCAAACCAAAUGUUAUGAGCCCAGACGGUGAUAGCGCG